GCUAGAGGGUUCAAGGCAGUUUUUGCAUUGAUGAUCAUGGAUUCAUUGGGUUCAUCAAAUGGAAUUCACAUGAAUGGUGGCAAGGGAGAAAAAAGCUAUGCAAACAACUCCGUAUUUCAAAAAAAUUUGAUGCUUAAAGCCAAACCUAUAAUUGAAGAAACCGUAAUGAUACUGUAUCAAGAUUCCUCUCCAAAAUGCAUCAAAGUGGCAGAUUUAGGUUGUUCUGUAGGACCAAAUACACUUCUUGUCACAUCAAAUAUCAUUGACAUUGUUGAUGCUACGUGCACUUCCUUGAAUAUUGAACUACCAACAUUCCAAUUUUAUCUCAAUGAUCUGUUUGGAAACGAUUUCAAUACCAUCUUCAAGUCACUUCCUGAUUUCUAUGCAAAAUUGGUACAAAAAAAGGGUCAGAAGUUUGGUUCCUGCUUUAUCAAUGCUACCCCUGGAUCCUUUCAUGGCAGGCUCUUUCCUAAUGAUUCUGUACACUUUUUUCAUUCUGCCAACAGUCUACACUGGCUCUCUCAGGAUCCGUUAAUGGAAUUAAGUGAGGAGGCAAAAACACUUAACAAGGGAAACUGCCAUAUAGUUAGCACAAGCCCACCAGAGGUACACAAAGCAUACCAGAAGAAAUUUCAAGAAGGUUUUAAAUUGUUUCUGAAAUCACGUUCAGAGGAACUUGUGCCUGGAGGAGCAAUGGUUUUAGUGCUACCUUGCACUUGCAAAAGUGAAACUCUUUCAAAAAGUCUUUGGGAAGUAAUUAGCCUAACACUCAAUGACAUGUUCUUGGAGGGUUUGAUUGAAGAAGAAAAAUUGGACUCUUUUAACAUACCAACAUAUGAACCUACGAUUGAGGAGAUCAGACAUUUGAUUAAGGAAGAACAGUCGUUGUUUCUUCAAAGGUUAGAAGUUUUCACAGUGGCUAGGGAUGAAGGUAUAAGUGAACGUGGAGAUUAUUGUUUUGUUGAUGUAGGUAUAAGAGCUGAGUUCAUAGCUACAUACACAAGAGCUGCAAUGGAGCCUAUUCUAUCUGCAAAGUUCGAGGUACAAGUUAUAAAUGAAUUAUUUAUCAGGUUUCAAAGGAAACUUGUGCAACUAAUGAAGGUGGAGAAAUUUGAGACUGCAAAUGUCAUCAUAUCCAUGACAAAACUUGUUAGCUCAACGUAAGAUCAUCUUAAGAAGUAUUUUUUUUCUUCUGUGUUUUGAUUUGGUGAAAUAAAGAUAGGAUCUUCGAAGAUGAUACUCUUGUUGAAGCUUAAGACUUGUAUCGCAAGUGUGCAGAAAAUUUCCACAGAAUAUCUACACUAUAAUAUA